CUUUCUAGCAACCUACACUCUUCUGAUGAUUCGUCAGUGCUGCAGCCAGCGAUUUUAACAACCUCACGAAGACAGCUAACGUUAUGUCUUUACCUGGGAGACACAGAUAAAAUGGGAGCAAAGUAAACGUCGUCAUAUUUUGUUUCACCACAAAAGGAUAUGGAGUGUACUUCAUUUUAAAACGAGAAGUGAAGGCUGGUAUUGGAUGGGCAAACAGAUGUUUUCUUAUCGGUUGAACCGAGGUUAGGCUUUGCCUUACGGCAAGUAGUGUAAAAAGAAUUUGUGAACUUUGAGUAGUACACGCCCAGAUUAAGAGACUCUAAGCGUACGUCUAUAGAGACCUCUCAGAAGUUGUUUUAUAUCGUGGAAUUGAGUCAUGCAGUGCUUACAAAGACAACCAAAGCGCUCGGGAUCCGAAGAAUCACUCCAUAAUAAAAGAAUCAAGAAGACAACACAUGUAAAUGUGAAACUUUUAGGGCUGGAAGGAGAUUCCGACCUCCAGUUCCUACUUGUAGGAGGAGACCUUCUGAAAGUGCGGUCUCCCUCCUGGAAGAAGACCCGCUUUUUCAAGCUACAGGAGGAUUGCAUGACUAUGUGGCACGAAUCCAAAAAGACCUUUAAGUCAAACCAGACAUUUUCCAUGGAUGACAUCAUGGCGGUGCGAUCUGGCCGCCAGUCGGAAGGUUUCAUGAAGUACACCGAGGAUCAGGUUGAUAAACGCUGCUUCUCCAUCAUCUUUAAAAGUAAACGUAAGAACCUGGACCUGAUGGCCAGCUCAGAGGAGGAGGCCAAGCAGUGGGUCACCAGUCUGGAGAAGCUCAUCAACAACAUAGGCAACCUCAGUAGCCAGGAGAAUUCUGAGCAUUGGAUCUUCAAUUCUAUGAGAAAAGCAGACAAGAAUCUUGACAACAAGCUGAACCAGAAAGAACUAAAGGAUUUCCUGCGCCAUAUCAACAUAGAGGUGGAUGACCGCUAUGCAGGGACAAUCUUCCAGAAAUGUGACACAUCCAAAACUGGCCAUCUUGAGGGGGAGGAGAUUACACAAUUCUACAAACUUAUGACCCAUCGGGAGGAGAUAGAUGUGAUCUACGGGGAAUACGCCAAAACCUCUGGCUUCAUGAAUGCUGACAACCUUCUGGAGUUCCUGCUUAAGGAACAGAGGGAAGAAGUGUCACUCACGAAUGCACAGAAACUCAUUGAGAAGUAUGAGUUGGAUGAAAACGCCAAAAAAAACCAGAUGAUGACCAAAGAUGGCUUCCUGAUGUACCUACACCGCUCAGAAGGAAUGAUCCUCAAGCCUGCUCACAAGGAGGUGUACCAGGAUAUGACUCAGCCCUUUAACCAUUACUUCAUUUCUUCAUCCCACAACACUUACCUGAUGGAGGACCAGCUCAAAGGCCCCAGCAGCACAGAGGCCUAUAUCAGGGCCCUCAUCAAGGGCUGCCGCUGUGUGGAGCUAGACUGCUGGGAUGGCUCUGAUGGAGAGCCUGUCAUCUACCAUGGCUACACUCUCACCUCCAAGAUCCUCUUCAAAGACACCAUCAAAGCAAUUAAGGAGUACGCCUUCAAGACCUCUCAGUACCCUGUGAUCCUGUCCUUGGAAAACCACUGUAGUGUUGAACAGCAGAAGAUCAUGGCUCAUCACUUAAGCUCCAUCCUGGGCAGUGCCUUGAUUACCAAGCCCCUGGGAGACAAGAUGCCUACUCACUUCCCCUCCCCAGAGGAACUGAAAGGAAAGAUCUUAAUCAAAGGAAAACGGCUAAAUAAACUGGAGGCCUGCUUUGCCCAAGGGGCACCAUUAGAGGUAAAGACAGACCUUCUGACAGAAGAAGAGGACGAUGAAGAUGAUGAGAAUAAGGGAGAGAAGAAGAAAAGCAAGAAGGGAAAAAAGAUAAAGCUAGCAAAGGAGCUGUCGAACAUGGUGGUCUACUGCAAGAGUGUACACUUCCAGAGCUUUGAAGAUUCUAAAGCUCACCAAGGGUUCUACGAGAUGGCCUCUUUCAAGGAGGGGAUAGCUGUGAGACUUGCAGAGGAGUCAGCAAAUAACUACGUACGUCACAAUGUGGAUAAGCUAAGCCGUAUCUACCCAGCAGGGUCCAGGACAGACUCCUCUAACUACAACCCUGUUCCAUUGUGGAAUGCAGGCUGCCAGAUUGUGGCCCUCAACUUCCAGACCCCUGAUAAAGAUAUGAAUGUGAACCAAGGGAAAUUCCAGACCAAUGGUAAGAGUGGGUACAUUCUGAAGCCGUCGUUCCUGAGAGACCAGGCAUCCAUGUUCAACCCCCUCACUCUAACCAAAGGAGAGUGGCUGCAAGACAAAACCCUCCACAUCAUGAUCAUCUCUGCCCAGCAACUUCCCAAAAUAAACCAGAAGAAGACUUCCAUCGUGGAUCCUCUAGUCAGGGUGGAGGUGUACGGCGUACCAGCUGACGUGGCACAGAAAGAAACCAAGCACAUUGACAACAACGGUUUUAACCCACAAUGGAAUGAGAACUUCAAAUUUAAUGUGCACGUGCCAGAGCUUGCAAUGGUGCGCUUUGUUAUUGAGGACUAUGACUCAAAAUCGUACAAUGAUUUUGUUGCGCAGUACACCCUGCCAUUUACCAGUUUACAGUUGGGAUACAGACAAGUGCCUCUGCUGAACAAGAAUGGAGAUGUCCUACCCUCUGCUGGACUCUUUGUGCAUGUGAUGGUCAUGGACGCUAACUAAGUUGCUGGCUUGUAAAUGGCCUCAUCUCCGCGGUGUGCCCAAGACAUUCUUCUACCUCUCUACUAUCACUCAGGACUACAGAUGAAACUUUAGUUGCUUUCACAUUUAUAUUGACUUUAAUUUUUUAGCUCUUCAAAUAUUAACUUUGAAUCUAUACAAAUUUUUUAACACUACGUAUUUUUUUACUUUUUGCUUGGGCCACUGUUUUUGUAUUUCAAUUGAGAUCAAGAAAAAUUAUAUGUAUGUAUGUAUGUAUGUAUUAAGAGUACCUGAUCAAAUGUUUAGGACCAAUGCUUAAAUGGUUAGUCAUAAUGUUGCGGUAUCAAUAUACUACAAUUGUUUUAACUGACAGAUGUCCAGAAUUUCCUUUAGGAAUUGUAUACUGUUUAUUUAAGUGCUUUUUAUUCAAAUCCUUGUUUUAUAAAUGUCAGAAUCACUUCAAAAAGCA